GUACGCGGCGCCCGAGAUGUGCGGCAUGCCCUCCAAGUGCGGCCUGGAGUCGGACAUCUUCUCCCUGGGGCUCCUCACGUACGAGCUGAUGUCCAACGAGCGUCAGCCCCUGCUGCGAAGCGCCCCAAGAGGCUUCUCCAACAACAUCCUCAGGGCCGGAACGGUCCCUCAGGACCUGUUCGCCACGCUGCAGAAG